UUGUCUCGGAGAAAUCCGAUUGGACAGGAGCCACACGAUGAUGGAUCCUUCUGUGGUUGGCGCGAACCCGACCCAAUCAGCGCGACGUGGCCCGUUUCGAUACGAUCUCUCUCCAAAUUCCGUUAGCUUUGCCUCCAGUUCCCCACACGCACUCUCUCACGCUCGCUCGCUCUCUGGUUCUUUGACAUGGAAGCUUCAAUCUCUUCUUCUCCACCUAUAAUCAGCUCAACGAUCCCUCAAUCAUUCAGUAGAACCGGAGUCGCGGGGCGCUCGAAACCAGUCGUUAAUUGCAUCUGCAAGAGUAGGAGCGAUCGGUUGAACGGGAAGGCGACACUGAAGAGGAGAAUCGCCGCCAUGGACGCCGUUUCGGCCGCGGCAGAUCCGGGCCACGCCGAGGUUGCGUGGCAAACAGUGGUCGGAGCCAUAGCUGGUGUCACGCCAUUUGUGGUUGCAGGGAUUGAGUUCAGCAAAAGAAUCAUAGCCCAAAGAAAAUGCGAAGUUUGUGGCGGCUCAGGGCUUGUCCUUAGGGACAAGUACUAUUUCCGCUGUCCUGGAUGUGGUGGAUUUCUCCCAUGGCAGUCAUGGAAAAGAUUCUUCUCUGGUUAGACCACAUUUACCACUUCCCUGGAAUGUUCGUGAAGGUUUAAUCAGUGAUAUACCUACUAUUCUUCUAAGACGAAGGUUUUUCCUGAAUCUGUAGUCCGUGAAAAUUUUGCUCAUCGAUCAUUCAAUCAUAGUGAUGUUGAAACAAAAGAACGGAUAAAGAUGCAUCAAAUCAAGCUGUCUGCACAUUGCUGGCCAAUUUCUCGGCAGAGUCUGUAAUGUCUCGCAGGUUGUCAUGAAAAAUCUGCACUUCUAUUCUCACCUUGCCCCUCUUCGUUUCAGCAGUAGACUGACUCUUUAAUCAUAUGGCAAGAAGAAAAAGUAUGAGUACGCACAAAGAAAGAUGGAGGAGUUUCAGAGCGCAAAUCUGGAAGAUGUUACGACGAUCAAAACAUGCAAGAAAAGGCGUAAUUUUGUUGUUGUGUAAAAAUUUACUGCUGAUUAUCGUUCAAAUAUUCUAUGAUGUACACCUACAUAUAAGUUUGUUCUCUGUUUUUGUUAGGAUC